CACCACCAUGUAGUCUCUAGGUCAUGGAUAGUAUGACAUUGAUGCAGAUCGGAUCAUAAUGUUAAUAUUGGCACUUGGAACUUGGAACUUGUCAAAUGUUUCGCACAUACGUUUUCAAUUGCGGUACAGUUCAAGUCCAAAUGUCUUGGAGUUGCACCGCUUGCUCCGCAGCGCUUUGGUCUGACUCCUAUUUUACAUUCAUGUUUUAUCUUCUUUCAUCAUGUCGGCGACUUACCCUGCAUUCUGCUCCCUCAAACAGCCUGACAUGGAAUUUCUAUCAAUGCCAGUGUCUGUUGAUCAGUCUCCUAUCUUCGACGAUAUAGCUUGGCACGAGAGUCUGAUUAUCACUCUCCGACUUUUCGAAGAACUUGUUGGUGGUACAGUGCCGCACUACAGUAACAUGACAUCUUCUCCGGCUGGAGGUUUACCUUCCGUCACUCGGCAGACCAUCUCUCCUGGGGAAUCAUCUACUCCGACUCGCGAAACCAAGUGUCCUGCCAGCGGGGAAUCAUCCACUCCGGCUCGCGAGACCGUUUUUCCUGAGGAAUCAUACUCUCCGACUCGCGACAUGACUGGGCCAGUGCGAUCGAAGCGUGCUCAUCCUCGCGUGGCCCAUGCCUGUGAUGAAUGUCACAACAAGAAGAAAAAGUGUUCUGGGGAGCAGCCACUGUGUCUAAGUUGCCAAAAGACGGGAAGGGUAUGCAUUUGGUCACGCAUAAAAACCACAAAAACCCGCUCCUAUCUGAAGUACGGUGUGACCAAGUUGUAUCGACCACCAUCUCGUACAUGCGAGCGGGACUCCAUGGCGAGACUUAUGCAGCCAUAUAUCGCGGCCCCAAAACCAACGUAUCCCAUCAGGCUUCAGGAUAUGCAGCGUACAGAUACUUUGGCGUCUGCCGUGCGGAAUGUUCAAGCUGCGAGCUUACCUUCUGAAUCGUGGGUUGAGUUUCCGGCGCAGAUAGCCACCAAUCGGACGCGGACUGUUGAGUUGGACUGGAGUGAGUUGGGUUCGUCCGACUUCAGUCAGGCAUGGAUCCCACCGCUUCACACCCGUCCACCGUCUUUUGGCAACAACUUGUCUCGUGCACAAUCUCUCCACACGCGCCAACAACUGCGUCACGAAGAUAUCUACCGCAGGGCUCUUGCCGGCUACUGACACCUUGCAAGAAAGCAUUCCUGCCAAAGAUGUGCAUCCUGUUUAUACAUCCCAUUAUAACCCAACCCCCAUUCCCUCCCUGGGUAUUGACAUGAUGGUCUGUUUGCCUGUCUUUGGACUAUGAUACGGACGCUAUUGCUAUUAAUUACACAGACACUUCAGAGAUGGACUUUCAUAUCAACGACAUUACUACCAACUACACGGACACUUAAGCAAUAUCUACGUUACCGACAUUGUUACUUAUCAGCUACACAGACACUUUUGCGAGGGACUGCGAUCUGGACGUUUUAACUGUGGACUACAUACGCAUUCACUCAUACUCGUACAAAUCUGGGACAUUUGGCUGAACUCAUAGUCCUAAGUACAUCGUGUAGCAGUACAAAUCCGAUGAUCCGCUAC